GGGUAGCUCCCGUGUGGUCUGAGCUGCAUCGUCCCGUAAGCGCGCAGUUCUGGGUGAUGGUCGCCUGUCGAUCAAUGUGUUUCAACGAUUCGGACCUUCUCAUCCCUUUUUAAUGAAAAGCAGCAUCUAUGUCAAAUGCUUGCUUCUCAGGAACUGUCUUGAACAGCUUUUCAGGACUGUUGCAGGCCAGUCUGGAUUGCACUUUCGAUAUCGAGCGUGGUACAAUCAAUGCAGCCCCUAGCGAAUCUCGGUCCGGGUUUGUUAGUCCGGCCCUUCGCGCCGUGGUAUGCUCGGUGUUUGAAGCGCUCAAACUCGCUCUGCUCAGCAGUGUCGAAGAGCUAAGUCUAGUUUCCAUCCCUUUGUUUGCUUUUCUGCCUACUAGUUGUAGUUGCUGCUCCAGGACGCGGUUUCGAAGUCGCGGCUCCACAACCCGCUUGAAGCAGUUCAUCGCCGCGCCGGUGACAAACAAGGAGAUUGAUAUCAGACUGCCGAUGAUGCAUGCUGACCAAGUGAUGCGGGAGCGCUUCGGAAGCUGGCGUUCUCAAGGCUUGGAAAGGUAUUGGGCGGUAGCCGCUUUUAAGGUACCUUCUUACGCGGCAAAGUGGGCAAGAGCUGUAGCCACUAGCGCCGCUCUGCACUCGAGGAAGGCACGAAGAGGUAGUCGUGGCUUGGGAGAUAUCAUUAUGAACUAGAUAUAGAACUACCGAAUACAUCCCAUCCUCAUGGAGGCGCAAUAGUUACGACCUCUCACGGGUGUACGUGGAAA